AACAAAUAUGGACGUUGGAAUGGCGUCAUAAAUAGUUAAUGACGUUGUUUAUUAUUUUGUGCUGGGUAUUUUAAUUAACACUCAAAGAAAAAUCUGCUUGUGGUGAUUUUGUAAAAUGUGACUACUGCGUGGCUUACUAGAAUGGACUGUUUUCGAUUAUGUAUUAAUUUUGCGUAGUAAUCAAAAUGUCAAACAAUACUGUCGGCUCCUCGGGACAUGCUCCCGGCAAAAUACGUGGACCUGGAAGACCUCCGAAACGUACUUGUACUUGGUGUGGCGAGAGUAAAACUCCACUAAAGUAUGUAUUGCCUACUGAAAAUACUAAAAAGGAAUUCUGCUCAGAGACUUGUCUCUCUGAAUUCCGACAGGCUUACAGCAAAGGUGCCUGUCUACACUGCGACAAUGUUAUUCGCGGCAAUGCCCCUUCUAACAAAAACUUUUGCUCUACUUACUGUCUGAAUAAAUAUCAAAAGAAAAACGAGAAGAGAACUACUUCCCCUCAGUCUGGUAAUGGAGCUAAUGGUACUGAAAGUAAUUCAAACAAUAAUUCCACGACUUACUACGAUUUAUAUCAAUCUUUCGAUUGGACGGAAUAUAUGAAAGAAACAAGUAGUGUAGCUGCUUCAGAUGAAUGUUUUAAGCAGGCUCCUUUACCUCCUGUCAAUGAUUUUAAAGUGAAUAUGAAAUUGGAAGCAUUAGAUCCUCGUAAUUUGACAUCAACAUGUAUAGCUACGGUAGUUGGUGUGUUAGGGCCCAGGCUAAGACUAAGGCUUGAUGGUAGUGACAACAAAAAUGACUUUUGGAGGCUUGUGGAUGCGGGAGAUAUUCAUACAAUUGGACAUUGUGAAAAAAAUGAUGGUAUGUUACAGCCUCCAUUAGGUUUUCGCAUGAAUGCUAGUAGCUGGCCUAUGUUUUUGCUCAAAACUCUUAAUGGAGCUGACAUGGCUCCCUCAAAAGUGUUUCAGCCUGAACCACCCACACCAAAGACCAACUUAUUUGUUGUUGGUCAAAAAUUGGAGGCUGUUGAUAAAAAGAAUCCACAGUUGAUUUGUUGUGCAACAGUGGGGGCAGUUAAAAAUGACCAGAUCCAUGUGACAUUUGAUGGAUGGAGAGGUGCAUUUGAUUACUGGUGUAGGUACGACUCCCGUGAUAUAUUCCCAGUAGGCUGGUGUGCCCGAGCUGGGCAUCCUUUACAGCCUCCAGGUCAAAAGAAUGCAACUACACCUUCUAGAUUUAAGUUACGGCCAAGUGGUAUACCAAAUCCUGCUUUACCAGAAGGGGGCUCUACCGGUAAUAACAAUACUGGAACUACCAACUCUGGUACAUCUAGUCCUGUACCCAACAUUUGUCUACACAUUCGUAGUAGUUGCCAAGGGGGAAGUCCCAAUUUACCAACCUCUGUCAACGGAAUUGGUGCCUCAGGGGCGGCAGAAACUCUCGUCAAGGAGCUACUAAGUUCUCAUCCUGACGCACAGAAGUUAACCAGGGCCAUUCUCACAGCCUCGAGUAGCUAUUCAAAUAUUACUAAUGUGCAGGUGUCAUCGGGAAGUAAGAACUAUUCUGUAAAAGUUCCGUCGGAUUUAAGUAGAGACGAGUUGAAGAAUUGGGUGAAGGCAGUAUGUGGAGGUGCCGGGUGGUGUGUGGGUUUGGUGGAAGUAGACACGGGAGAGGCGGCCGUGAGGCCUUGUACUCUCUGCGGGGAAUCUACUUCUAAUGUGAUACCGGUUAAGAGGACAAAAGCUCAGGAAGGCAGCAAAGUGAAUGGUGAAGGGCCAGGUGCGAAGUUGGCCCGGGUGUCCCCCGAGAGGCCGGAGCCGGCUUCGUCUACCACGGGUGCUCCUCCCCCUCCUCCGGCAGCCUUGGCGCCCCCCGACUGGUCCGUGGAAGACGUCAUUGGGUUCAUCGCAGCGGCGGAUCAGGCCCUGGCCGCUCACGCCGACUUAUUUAGGAAACAUGAAAUAGACGGCAAAGCCCUUCUGCUCCUAAAUUCGGACAUGAUGAUGAAGUACAUGGGACUGAAGCUCGGCCCCGCCCUCAAGAUAUGCAACCUCGUCUCGAAGGUUCGCAACCGACGACAUUUCAACGCCUAGUUGGUCGUUUUGGUAAGGUUCAUGUUAUUUUGCCCGUUUGACACAAAAAAUACAUUUUUCAAUUACUUUCGGUCACUUCGUACGGUCAAACGGGAGGUGAGGUAAACUUUGGAAUCAAACAAGAUAGAAGUAAUCUCGCGGUUAAAAUUCCUCAGUUGAACCGUAGCGAACGACACUUUGGAAAAUGGAUGGCAUUGACUUAAUGUUUACAAAUGUAAAAAAAUCAUGAUGUUUAAUUAAGUUAAGGCAAACUGUUUGUUGGCAAAUCUCAAGCCCGUAUUACGAAACUAGAGUUAAGUUUGGUUGACGUUUGUGAAGCUGAAAGAGGAGCAUUGACUGUUGAAUAUAAUAUUUUCAUUCGUACAAGCCGCAACUAAUGAUAUGUAUCUUAUUGAAAAAAUAAACUAAUAUUUACUAUUUGCUUCUAUCAUCAAGAACUACUAAAAAUAACUCUACCUAUAAAUUUGACUUAGUCUAUACAAACCCUAAGUUUUAAUAUUUGUUGAUUAUUUAUUUUCAACUAAAAGUAUUUAGGUGUAUAACUAAAUCAGUCAUAACACACUCCUCAUUAACAUUAAAGAUUUUUGUAUGGACAAACUAAACAUGUACUGUCAGAAAAUAAUUUAAAUUUACUACCAGUUCGGGAGUCUAGGCAGUAGAGCGGACAUGGAGAACUGUCAAGAAACUCUCCGCUAAGUUUUGAGUCAUACAAACUAUUUGAACUGGAGCAAUCCAAAGGAUUAGGAUUAUUUAAAAAUUUGUUUAUUGAUUCCUUACUUUGAGUGAUACUUAUAUAAUUUCACUUGGGAGUUUGUGGUAAAAAAAGAAUAUCAUUUCCAUAUAAGGAGUGAUUUAUCUUCCGGAGCCUGGUUGGUCGUACACUCAAAUUGUUCUGGUGAAAGUCACCAUAUGUUUUAAAAUCGUUUAUAUUUAUAUACCAGGCUUCAUGAAUAUAUACAAAACAGUGUAAUGAUAUUGAUUUAGCCUUUAACACGAUUCAGCUUAGAUCUGCUCUCCUUUCCACAAAUCGUAUCGAGGUAUACAAAGUAUAUUUGAUAUCCAAAUUUUCUAUGUAAAUAUAAGCGUGUACAUAUUUCGUAUGAGUGAAAAUGCAUUUAAUGUGUGCUCGGUAAUCGGGUUCGAUUUCUGAGAGAUAAAGAAUAUAAAAUAUUUCUUUAUUUAGUUUAGGUUUUGGGCCUAUUGUUUUCUUAGUCGCAAAUAAAGUAUUGAUUGACCUAUUUUUAGUAUAGCGUCGGCCAUUUGAUGUAUGAUUAGAAUAGUUUGCCAAUUCUUCGCGUGUCUCGGUGUAAUUUCCCGCUCAAUAUUAAGUUAAAAUAAUGCUUUCGAGACGAUUGCGUUAUUAUUAAAUAUUUCGUUUUAAAAUCGUGUCUAAACGGCGCAUUUUGGUUUGGCGUGUCUACCCGUCCGCUGUUUUCUUGCAUUUCGAUACAUCACUUGCCUUCUAUGAGACAUAUAGCUCUCACAAAUCGACUGAGUUAUCCUAUUAAACUAUUAUGACUAACACCAGGUAGAUUGUCGCACAAUAUCGAAAGGCUUUACGCUUUUCGUUGCGUCUGUACAAACUCUGUAAUUAGCUGUAUAGAAAUUACGUAGAUUAGGGUCCUAGUGCCUUUCGUAUUUGGGCAAACAGUCCUCGUUCACUUUAUUCGAGUAGAUCGGUCAUUUAAAGCAUUUUCUUUAACAGUAGAUUGUAGGAUGUCACAUACUUAUAAUUGACAUUGCUGUUCAUUGCUCCCUUGGCGUCCAGAGCGUUCGUGGCUUCACACUAUACGAAGUGUAUGGAAUACGUUGUAUUGCUAUAUUAUCGUAAUGUCUUAUUUUGUGCUAAGGGUACCAGAUUUUCACUUUACCAAAGAGCAAUGGCUAAUCUUGAAAUCACG